CAACAGUGAGAAAUUUUAUCCUUUUGCCAAAUUAUCAUUUUGCCCCUAUUAAAAAAAUAAAUAAAUAAAAGAAGGCAGACACGCAGGGGCAUUAUUCAUUUUCAUCCUCUGCUUCCUCAUUCUCUCGAUCAUUCCAGUGAGGUGAGAGUGUCGGCCCUUCUCUUGAGAUCUCCUCGCCCUCUUCCUGUUUUCGAUCAGCUCGCCGGCAUGCUUAAGAGUGUUCGCUGUGGUUCCUCGUUUCUUUCUUUUCUAGCCACUGUAACAGAUCGAAGCUUCCUUCCUCCUGUCAUCACCGGCGUCAUUUGUGAGAAGAGGAGGUCGCUGGAGACGGGGUGCAUGGACGAGCAUCUUGUAGCUGCUGUCGGAGGUUGCUAUCAGUCUCCUCUUUUCCCUUCCUCCAUCAUAACUAUAUCCAGGAAACAGAAUUUUUCCCUCCCCUGUUCUUCACUGUGUUCUUCUUCUUCCUCUUUUGUGCUGUUGGUGGUUUGUGGGGAUACCUUAGUUGACGUUGAUCCUCAUGCUGAUCUUGAGAGCUGUUACACAUGCUGAGUGGAGAGUUCAUGAAAGUCCCUCCUUUUGAUGUAAUGUCAAUUUAUGUAUGUUUCACUUCAAAAAAAAAAAAUAUAACUAGAUGCUCCACAUAGACUAUAGCUAGGGUUUUUAUUUAAUAUAUAUAUAUAUAUAUGCUGAUUGCUAGUUGGGAGGAGUUGAGCUCCCAAUUGAUAUAAGAUUUUUAUGGAAACUUUUGUAUUGUAGAAUCUUCGUAAGAUCCUAUUUACAGGUGAGGUUUUGUCAAAAUUUCUACCAAACGUCGAAUGCUAUGUUAUAAUGAUUAAUAUUAAAAUAGAUCCGAUUAUUUUAGAAA